AUGACGCCGACGUAGCGUCGGGCGUUGCGUAAGCGCGCGCCAGUGCUCCUCACUCGAGCGAAUUCGAGCGGGCUGACGAGUGGCGACGGGCGGCGGCCGGCGGCAGGUUUCAUCCGAUGCGCUUCUGAUGCUGCUGACGCGAAGUCGUGUGGUAUGGUCAGCCUCUUACGGAAUUCGAGCACUUCUGGGAGCGUGAGGAGCCGUGUUUUUUGACGCACCCCUUAACAUGGACGACGAGGAGUGUUUUCAGCCAAUCUUGAGCUCCCAAGAGGAGGACAGUUUUCAGCCGCUGAACACCGUGGCGAUCGCGUCGAUUCCAUUUGUUCUCGGGAUCUCACUGGGGAUCACCGGGAUCGUGUUUGUGUCCCUCUGGCCAGAGGAGCGGAAUAAAUGCGACACGUAUUUCAUAUAUCUGUACCUUCACUGUAUUUAUUGGCUGAUAGUGAUGGUGGCGGAUCAUAUUAUCAAGACGAAACAUCAUAAACUGCGUAUCAACGGUUACUUAGAUUUUUAUCAAACGACAUAUCAGCAAGUAAGAACGCCCCUGUUUAUCACGUCAUUGUGGAAUACGUGCUACCUGCUUCUAGCCGUCAUUCUGCACCAUACGCACAAAGUUGACUACGAGCGGUAUUGCAGAACAUCGGAAUGGCUCACACCGCUCAACUACAUUUUUCUGCUAACCACUGUGGAGCUCGUGAUAAUCGUGCCAGUUUACAUUAAUUACAUCAAGAGGGUUAUGAAAUUUAAUCGAUUACGUCCACCGGCCGACGUCACUCGCGAGGAAUGGCUGUCAUCCUUUACCCGGGACUCCUACGCUGGAAGCGGUGAGAUCGGUUAUCACCCGAGGGGAUCGAACCUGGAAGAACUGCUGGAAAAGCAGGCGGAUUUGAUAAGAUACCUGAGGGAUCAUAAUGUACAGUUAAGUCACAGAUUAAUGCUACUGGUGGGUCAGCGCAGAGAGGCUGGGCCGUGAAAUAGUAAAUAUCGAUGAUCUACAUAUCCUUCUUCAGCGAGAAGUGACAGACUCUUGAACGAAACGUUAUCUACCGUCAUCGUAAUUUUGAUCGAAGCUGUGCCAAGAAUUUCACCCUCCCGUCGUCACACGCGCGACACAUUUGGAGAGCUCGAAUGAAAUUCUACUUGAUAUAAUUUCCUGCAAGUCACAUAUAAUUAAUAAUACAAUUGUCCACUUAUUGGUAAUAAGAUUAUUAAUAUAUAGUCGUUUCAUAUCGAAUAACUUCAUUUGAGACGCGUCGCAUUAACUGUCGCCUAACUGUCGCGACUUGAACGGGCGGGCCCGGCUACAGUUUCGGUCGGAGCUCUCGAGAUGUUUUCUUAAUUUUCUCCUUGUGUAUCUCAGCGAUGAACUUUCUGUCUAUGUUGUUUCCGCGCAAUUGAAAUAUCGUGCUUGUACUUGCGUAUCUUUUGCGUCGUAUCUUAAACGGGUCAUCUGCUUUCUCGUCACGCGAGAGGUGUCGCUUCGUUCUUUGAGAAUAAUUUAUCAGUCUGUAGGUGUAAUCUCGUAAAUGCUAGAUUCGACGAGUUACCGAUGCAAUUGGCGUUGCGCGACAGUCACCGCAUUAAUAAGCACGGCUGCCGUUCUCGCGCAAUUGCGCACGAUCGAUCAUGACAUAUGCCAAAUAUAAUAAUAUUCUC